AUGGCGAUGACUAUGUCCAAGUCAUGGUCGGUGCCUCAAUCUAACAAAAAUUUGCCUCUGACGAAAUCGUUCAAUACCAAGUCAUCAAAAUUAAAGAAUUUGUAUGGGAACCAAAGGGUGUGUUUUACUUAUAGCUGUUAUAAAACUUUUGGAGAGAUUUUUAACGUAUCGUAUAGUUUGAUCAAAAAAGUGUCUAGGUUUAAUAAUAUUUGGCCCACGACACUUGUAUUGGCUUUUCAGACUGUCAUAAGAUAUAGCGGUUUUUAAUGAUUUUUUAAUAAUAAUUUUGAGAAAAAUGAUGGGGAGAGAAAUGAGGAAAAAGGGAUAUAUGAUGUAUUUUGAUGAAGGCAAUUUAUGAUCACUUAUCCAGGAAGUUACAUUACUAAUACUUAUAGACCUACAAACCAAACUUGAUAUAUAG